UAGCGAUUCAGAGGACGGACAGAGGCAGUUAAUGUGAGUGACAGAGAAUAAUCACACAGAAGCAUGAGUGUGGACAAAGAGCCAGCAUUCAGAUCGACAGUGCGGGCGUCCGGGUUAGGCGAAGUUUGGACGCACAGUAAUGACGACAGUAAAUUCCGGCAGUUCGGCUGGAGAUGCACUACAAACGAGAGCUCGUUCUGCAACGGUACUCUCGUGGGAAACUGGAAUGAAGAAAAGUUUGACACAAACGAAGUGAGGAAAGCCGAACGUUUGCCUUCUCAGUACGACCAUUAUUAUGAAAGGACUUAUGGGGUCAGUUACAACACAGUACCACGUGAAGUUCCGACGGAUCUUAAACACCUGAAAGCCCCGUACCCACACGCCUUUCCUGGUCACCAGCCGGAGCUCGACUCUCGGGCCAUGAAGGCCGUCUAUAACAGCUGGCAAACGACGAAUAGAAUGGACUAUAUCCAUCCGGACGUUCGGCGCGCCCCGGUCCAGACGAAGACCGCAACAGUCAGCCCGUCACAGACAAGCUAGUUGUACCAUAUUCACCAUAGACAGCUACAUUGCUCAUCCAUUAUAAUCUAAAAAAAUGUAAUCAUAAUAAUUAAACAAUAUGAUUUAGAAAAAAAAAGUAAACAAAAAAUGGAGCAAAUACUAGGACUGACUCACUCAUUCACACGAGCUGAAUAACUUAUUUGACGAGUGCAGUGGAUGUGUUUUGUAUUUUGGGGGAUACGCUUUUCACGAUUGUAUAUACAUGCGCCAGUACCUAUUGUCAUCCAUCACUUUUCCUUCUUUAUUCGCUGUUGCAAUAAGACAUCGUGCAAUGUGACGUUGCCUUUUUUUAUAAUAAAAUCCU